AUGCAUCACCAUUGCGGCCUUGUAGGACUUCUCCUCGCAGGCGCUGCCUUCGCAGCUUCCUCCUUGCCAGCCUACAGGCCAGCCACAUAUAACAGCUCUGAGGGCAUUAAUGUUGCUGUCCAUGAUGAUACAGUUCUCAAAUUGUUUUCCGAUGGCAAUACUCCCGCAAUUGUGACCCUAGACUAUGGAGCAGACGUCGAGGGAUACGCGACCUUUGAGGUUUCUGGCAUGACAGGAAACACUUCAGUCUUCGAAAUGAGCUACAGCGAGACUCUCGCCCUUCUGGACAAUUAUAUGGCCGAUGGUCCUCUUACUCUUGCUGCCUCGAUGGACACAUAUCGCAUCAACCAAUUCAACAUCACCAACCAAACAACCUAUAGCAACCGUUUGAUCCAAGGGGGUUUGCGAUAUCAGAAAUUGAAUCUGUCUAGCGCAGGACAGUUGGAGAUUUCUGCGGUUGGCUUUCGUCCGUCCGUGGAUAAUACUCCUGUUUCGCUCCUCCCGGGAUCUUUCCAUUGCUCGGAUCCAGUGCUAAAUAGGAUUUGGGAUAUCGGUACUCGCACAGUGCAGCUCUGCGAAUUUCCCGCUGAGACUCUGCCUGACUUCUGGCUCAUUACUGACCAAGGCGCAUUUAUCGAUAGCCUUUCUCCUCAACCAUUUGCUCAAGCCUAUGCGGCUGCUCUGACUGCCUAUGAGCUAGACUUCAUGGUGCGACCAGUUUCCAAAGGGUUUGGAUUCACUGUCCUUAGUGAUACUCUGGGAAAUGGAAUCUACCUCUUCGUUGACGUUGUCAACUCGUACAUAGCUGCUCAUGCGGGUGCUACAGAGUUGAACUCUCCUGCUCUUGUUUCUGCAAACUUACCAUCAUCGGUCACUCUGAAUGAGUGGCACACCGUGCAUAGCAUGGUCAACUCCACUCAGAUAUCCAUAGAGAUUGACGGAGUCUCCGUUUUGAACUUCUCCCAGACUUCAUCCUUCUACGGCUCCUUUGGUUUGGGUGCAUCAUACACGCAAGCUGCCUACUUCACAAAUGUCUCCUUCACCGCUUUUGGUACCCAGAUGUACUUUUCAUCCUUGACGAAUCAGUCGGCCUUGGCGGACUUUGCGCUCGGCACAAACCCAUUGCCCACUAGCGUUGAUGGAUCUCGGCGUGAUCGGAUCGCGUAUGGAGGGGAUCUAGAGAUGGCCAUGCGUACAUCACUGGCCAGCACCAAUGGUCUCGAAUAUAUGAAUGGAUCAAUUGCUCUUCUGGGUUCCUUCCAAGAGCUUCCUGGUUUUUUUGUUCCAAAUGCUAAGGUUCAACUGUCCCCUGUCGCUUCUAUCAUCCAAGCCAAUAUUACUGGGUUGAUUGGCUACUCAUUCAGUCUCGUUAGUGCGAUGGCCGAGUACUACUCUCAUACUGGAGAUGUCCCCUUCCUGCAAUACUGGGCUCCACGAGUUCGUCAGCUGUUUGAUUGGGCUCACUCACAGUCCCUGUCUAAUGGUCUAUUCAAUAUUUCCGAUAUCGCCCUAGGUGGUGAUUGGAACUACUAUGACCCUUCACUGGCUGGAGUGGUUACUAAUUUUAACCUUAUCUACGCUUAUGCGCUGAAAAAUUGGCUUCCAUUUAUGACAGAUGGUGGAUUGAAUGCAACUAUGUAUAAAUCUCGCCUACAAUACCUCCAGGACGCUGUCAACGCAAACCUCUGGAGUGACUCUUUACAAGCAUACUAUGCUUCAGAUUCUCAUAAGAACUUCAUCUCACAAGCAGCGAACUCCUAUGCUAUCCUCAGUCAGACGGCUGCUUCUCACAGUCCUCACACUCCUAGCACAAUUCUAUCCACUAUGGCUCGUGAAUUGUACAUCCCCGCUGGAGCUCUUUCCUUCUCUAAUACCAGUGUGGCCAAAGGUUGGGCCCAGAAGAUUAGCCCAUAUGCUUGCGGGUAUCAUUUGAAGGCGGCUUUCGAGACGAACGACAGUGCUAACGCCCUCCAUCUUCUUCACGCAGUCUGGGGUCCGAUGAGUGACCCGACACACACUAAUUAUACCGGAUGUACAUGGGAGGCCCUCAGUCUUGACGGAACACCUGGAUUGGGAGAUACGACCUCACUCUGCCAUGCUUGGGGUUCUGGGCCGACUGCUGAUCUCUCCCGAUACGUGCUUGGUAUUCAGACGGUUAUUCCAGGUUUCAAACAAUGGAAGGUGGUUCCGCAAACCCUCAACCUCAGCUGGGCGCAGGGUGUGUACCCUACUCCCCAGGGCCCCAUCAAAGUUAGUUGGUUAUUCGACUCAGCCACUGAUCUACUCUCAAUGAACGUGACUGCGCCUGUAGGGACAAAUGGUAGGAUGACAUUGCCUACCCCGCUGAGAAAAUCGGUGAGAACAUAUGAAGUUUCGGACGACUGCAUUAGGAUGAGGAACAACUCCUUUGAUAUCUCGGGGGGGAAGACGUUUACUUUCCACCAGACUAGCUAA